AUGGUUCUUCUUUUUUGGAGGAAGAUAGAUGAAGUAGGUCGUAAAAAAUCAAGAAAACCGUUAAAUACAGGCUUCAGACAACAACGUUUGAAGGCAUGGCAACCAAUAUUAUCUCCUCAAAGCGUGUUCCCCUUCUUAACUAUUUUGGCUUGCAUUUUUGCCCCCAUAGGGAUUGGAUUGAUAGUUAGUGCCAUUAAUGUUCAAGAUCUAGUGAUCGACUAUACGCGAUGCCAUCUCUUAGCACAUAGUGACACAUUUGAAACCAUACCAUCUCCAUAUGUUGACUACCAUUUUAAAAGAAGUGUCUCAAUUGAGCCACAAUGGAAAUUGGUCACUACUGAGGAUGGAGACCAAGUCUGUAGUUUACAGUUUGAAAUACCAAAUAACGUUAAGAGGCCGAUUUACUUAUAUUAUAAAUUAUCCAAUUAUUUCCAGAAUCAUAGAGAAUACAUCAAAUCGUUUGACGUGGAUCAGUUAAAGGGGAAGGCGGUGGCUCUUAAUAAGCUUGAUGACUUUUGUGACCCAUUAAAGACUAUUAGCGAUAAGAUUGUUUACCCGUGCGGCUUGGUUGCCAAUUCAUUAUUUAAUGACACAUUUACAGCAAAAUUGCAAGGUGUCAAUGAAACAAAAGAUUUUAUGUUAACGAAUGAAGGAAUUGCAUGGAAGACGGACAAACACAGAUACAAGCCAACUAAAUAUAAUGCAUCACAAAUAGUACCACCCCCAAAUUGGGCGAAAAAAUUUCCUAAUGGGUAUACAGACGAAAAUAUUCCGGAUCUGCAAAAUUGGGAAGAAUUUAAGGUAUGGAUGAGAACUGCUGCAUUACCAAAAUUUUAUAAACUUGCCCUGAUGAAUGAAACGUCAGAAUUGCCUGAAGGGAUGUACGAGACUAACAUUACAUUAAACUAUCCUGUCCUUUCCUUUAAUGGUGAGAAAGCGUUUGUUUUAACAACAAAUAGUAUUAUUGGUGCUCGUAAUGUUGUACUAGGCAUUUUAUACCUUAUUGUUGCAGGUAUUUGCACACUAUUCGCUAUCAUAUUCUUAACCAAGGUUAUAUUCCAGCCAAGAUCUUUAACUGACCAUUCGUAUUUAAACUAUACUCCUCAACAAUUUACUAUGGCUAAUAAGCAACAACAGCCACAACAACCAGUUUUCAAUAAUAUUCCAUUGAGAGAGAUUCUUUGA